AUGAAAUGGUUCACUACAUACUGGAAUGGCUACAAGUUUGUUCUCAAUGAGCUCUCUGCAGAUGGAAAUCAUGUAAAGUUCAACAUGUCUGAAAAACAUAACUACACUCUAACAAUCAAAGAUGUGACAGAGAGUGACAAAAAGGUUUACUGCUGUUCGGAGAGUUCAGAAUACACACAAGACUGUCGAAAAAACCUGCAGGUGAAGGUGAUUCCUGCCACAGAGGGACAGACAGCAUCACUGAUUUGCAACACCAGCUGUCCUCUGACUGAAAACCCUGCAGCCUACAUCUGGUACAAGAACAGAGAGUUUCUCUAUCAGGACUGGUCUCCCUGGUACCAACAGCUGGUCAGCAGUGAGGAAGCAGUCAGAUACUCCUGUGCUGUCAAAGGCUACGAGCAUCUCAGAGCUCCUGAAGUCUCAGUGGAUUCUGUCACAUCGACCUGCUUUACUGUGACCUACGCUAAAGGAAGAAUGUGCUCUGAAAAGCAGACAUCAGUGGAUGAGUCCUGCUCCAUCACAUAUCCCAGAGAAGUAGGCCUUCAAAGGAACCCUGCAGAUGUGAAACAUGUCAGACUGACCUGUGGUACAAGAACAGAGACUUCAUGA